AUGUCGACCGCGCGCGCCGCCCUCAGAGUCUCCACGGGACUUCGCGUCCAUCGCCGACGCGUCAUGUCCACACAAUCGCGCGCGUCGGCGUACGUCCCUCAAGGCCCGAUCGAGGGCGCUUCGGUGGUCAUCACCGGCGCCAACCGAGGCAUCGGGCUCGAGAUGGCUAAGCAACUGAUCGCGAAAGGAAAUCACGUCGAUGCCGCGUGCAGAAGCGCCAGUGACGAGCUUCGCGCUCUCGAGGCUUCCUCGGAAGGGAGAUUGACCAUCUCCACCCUAGAUGUGAGCGAUCCCGCGAGUAUCGACGCGUGGGCGAGUGGUCUGAAGGCGCGCGGCGUGACGCGAGUGGACGUGUGCGUGAACAACGCCGGCGUCAUCGGAUCCAACGGCUACGCGUGGGACUUAGAGAGCACGACGCAGGAGGAGAUGAUUUAUGUGUUCAAGGUGAACACGUGCGGACCGCUGCUCGUGACCAAGGCUUUGUUGCGCGAGGGACUUCUCGGCGAAGGCUCGCUCGUUGGUAACGUCACGUCCAAAGUCGGAUCGAUCGACGAUAACGGUUCGGGUGGUGGGUACUCCUACAGAGCGUCCAAGACUGCUCUAAACCAAGUGAACAAGAGCCUGUCCAUCGACCUGAGAGAUCGAGGCGUGCACUUCGCGUUGCUCCAUCCCGGAUACGUGCGCACGGGUAUGACGGACGGCAAAGGUCUCAUCGACGCCCCCGAAUCCGCCGCCGGUCUCAUCGCGCUCUUAGAGGGCGCGCACGGCGACUGCGAAACGAACUGGUUCGAUUACAAGGGCGACGCCAUCAAAUGGUGA